ACAUCCUGUUGGGUGUCACUCAGAAAGCAGGGUUAACAUUUUUCAGGCAGUCAACACAGUGUUUGUAGAACCUAGAAACUUGUGUUAUAAUAUCAAAUUAGCCACACUUUUGAACUAAAAAUGUCAAAUACUGUUCCAACAACACAUUUCUUUUUUAAGUUUGAGGGCAGUGUGCUGAAGAGUAAAUGUUGUAUUUGAUGGCUUGCUACAGCUGAUUAACGGGAAGGACAUGGCAGCUUCAUUUUCAGAGAGAGAAACAGGAAAGUCUUGGAAGGAAGUGAAGCACGUCACAAAGCUAAGAAUUCCUCCUGAAUCUUUUCAGUCAACAGUGAAGUGUUAGCAUCAGCAUAAAAUCCAAAUGAGACUGCUCUUCUUACUUGUGUUGGUAUCCAGUUUGCUGGAUUCUUGCUGCUUAUCUUUAAACUGCACUUCACUGAACUGCCACGUCAACGCAAGAUGUGCUACCAUAAAAGAUGUAGAUGGAUGCUAUUGCAAUGAUGGAUAUACUGGAAAUGGAAUUACUGUGUGUGAUGAUGACGAUGAAUGCAUUAAUGCUACUCAAAUCUGUGGAGAUCGAGCAAAUUGCACUAACACAAAUGGGUCUUAUUACUGCACGUGUUUAUCAGGAUAUAUGUCCACUGGUCAGGAGCGUUUCACCACCAGUGAUGGGACAUCUUGUAUUGAAAACUCCAAGGCUGUAUGCCAUUUAAACAGUGUCUGUGUAUCCACAAAUACAAGAAGGACUCUGUCAGAGAUAAGUACAAAGAAGCCUCUGGAAUUUUUACAGUCAGUAAAAAAUAAAACUACUGAAACUCUAACACCAGUGGAUGUGAUUUCAUAUGUAGAUAUUAUGUCACAACAUCUUCCAUUCUUGAGUGCUGUAAAUGACUCAGUACCUGACAGAGAAACACUGGUUAAUACUACCAUUAAUGUUUUUGUUGACACAGUGAACAAUUUUCUUAAAGAGGAUGAAAUUACAGUUUGGAAUAAGAUUCCAGAAAGAGAAAGGAAAACAAGCAUUACAAAGCUUCUGCACACUGUGGAAAAUGCAACUUUAGGCAUGUCACAAAAUUUCAAAAGUACAACACAGCUGAAUGUGGAUGCAAGUGACAUAGCUGUCAAGUUAUUUGUCUUUGACUCACAACAUAUUAAGCAUGAGCAUCCACAUGUAAGCAUGGAAGGAGAUUUCAUAAAACUAUCACCCAAGAAGAAGACAGAAAGUACUCCAUUAACUGGAAGUGUUUCUAUAGUUUUCCUGAGGUACAACAGCAUUAGUUCUCUACUCAAUACCUCUGAUUAUUCUGAAGAUGAAAUGAAACAAGAUAUGGCAGACACUGAAAAAACAAUUGUGAAUUCUCCAAUCAUUGGUGCAGCUAUUUAUUCCAGUCCUCCAACCCUGUAUGAACUAGACGGAAUAACAUUUACACUGAAACAUCUACAGGUUCUGGGCAAAGAUUUUGGUACUGUAUGUGCUUUUUGGAAUUACACACCAGAUACUAUGCAAGGUCAUUGGUCGAUGGAUGGUUGUGAGCGUCAAUAUUUCAACAGCACACAUACUUCAUGCAAAUGCAAUCAUCUGACUCAUUUUGCCAUACUGAUGUCACCGCGUCAUAUACUUGAUGAAGCUCAUUAUAAUGUCCUUACACGAAUCACUCAGCUGGGGAUAAUUGUUUCCUUGAUCUGUCUUUCCAUGUGUAUUUUUACCUUCUUUUUCUUCAGUGAAAUUCAGAGUACCAGAACAACAAUCCACAAAAAUCUCUGCUGCAGUCUGUUUCUUGCAGAACUUCUCUUUCUUAUUGGAAUCAGUGUUACUGAAAAACCACUCAUGUGUUCUAUUAUUGCCGGAUUAUUACAUUAUUUCUUUUUAUGUGCAUUUGCUUGGAUGUGCAUUGAAGGAAUUCAUCUUUACUUAAUUGUUGUUGGCGUUAUAUAUAACAAAGGUUUCCUUCACCGAAAUUUCUAUAUUUUUGGAUAUGGCAGCGCUGCAGUUGUAGUCGGAAUUUCAGCAAUCCUUGGAUACAAGUAUUAUGGCACUGAAAAUGCAUGCUGGCUAAGUACAGAAAACAACUUUAUAUGGAGCUUUAUAGGACCAGCUUGCCUUAUCAUCCUUGUUAAUCUACUAGCAUUUGGAGUAAUAAUUUACAAAGUAUUUCAACAUACAGCAGUGCUAAAACCAGAAGUGAGCUGCUAUGAAAAUAUAAGGUCAUGUGCGCGUGGUGCUUUAGCCCUGUUAUUUCUUCUCGGUGCUACGUGGAUGUUUGGUGUUUUGCAUGUGGUUCUACAGUCACUCGUUACUGCAUACCUGUUCACAGUCUUUAAUGUAUUUCAAGGGAUGUUCAUCUUCAUAUUUCUCUGCAUUCUGUCAAGAAAAAUCCAGAAGGAAUAUUACAGAUUAUUUAAAAAUGUCCCUUGCUGCUUUCUUUGUCUAAGAUAAAUGAAGGUCAUACAGAACAGAUCAGAAUGAAAAUAAGUCAAAGAAUUUCAAAAUGGAUACUGGUGAUACCAUUAAUAUUAAAUAAUAUCAGCCCAUAGCCUGUUUCGACAUGCUGACGUGACCUAAAUCAUUCUCCCCCACCAUGUAUUGUCAUAUUUUUUAGACUUGUUUGCAUGCUAAAGUUUUCAGCCUUCUCCAGUAAAUGAUUAGAACUGAAAUACAGAACACUAAAUGGGUUAGAAUUUAGCUGAGAAUAAAUGUUUUAAUUGGGAAAAUAGAAGCAGACAUGACACCCAUGGUUUUGGAUCCUGUUCAGAAAAAAAGUUGUAUCUACAGUAAGCAAUCCUGGCAGUAGUAUUAUAAAAAUGUUAUGAUUAAUGAUAUAGUGUUUCAGCUGUAAAAGCUUUCUUAUUCUGCUAUAAUUGCUUUUAUAUUAUUUUUCAGCAGUUGUAUUACAAACUACGUCAUGUAUAUUAGUUACAUUUCUGUCUGUAUACCAGAACACUAUUCAAGAUACAAAGCAGUGAUAAGAUACUGUAAAUACACAGAGGUUAGUGUUUUAUUUUCUAUUUUAUUAUCACUGCACUACUUAGGAGAACAGCACAUAAACUUAUUUAUACCCAAAUGUGUCUAGUAUUUUUUCUGAAUCAGUUCAUAUGUUUGUCUACAUUUGUAUUUUAGGAGUUAGAGAGAUUGUGUAAUAUUGUGAAAAGGCUUUGAAAUUUAAAUGUUUUGCCCGUUUUAAUGCUGUAUAUUAAAUGAAAUCAGUAACUCUUUAGCACACUUGUAAAUAAAACAAUUCCAUUUACAA